CCCGGGUCUUUUGUGUGCUCGGAGGAGUGGCGCCAACCUGCCCCUACGCAGCAAGGGACCUCCUUAGGGUGCUUUGGGGAAACUUGCGAGGGGCGGCGGGGUGCCCCAGGCGAAGUGCCUGAAGGUCGGGGCGCCCGGGACCGCUUGGUGGACGCGGGUGCGGGAGCAGAGCUGCAACUUUCCCCGAGCGCAGGCCCUGCGCGUUGCCCAGACGCGCUGUUUCGGCGAGGGGCACUUCCUCCUAGCCUCCUGUCCUGGCGGCCUUCGCCCCGCACUCAGGGGCCCUUGGGGCCCCCAUUGACCCGCUGCCUGCUCCACUCGCGUCCUCUACUCUGGGGCUCUACUCUCUAAGCAGGGUCCGCGAGCGGAAUGGAGCGCGCAGCGGGUCCGCUCCGAAAUGCUUUCUCAGGCUGGGUUCUUGAAAGCAGACCUACGGGGACCCCACAGGACUGUGGCGUGCUGGGCCGUAGUUCUUGCUCCGAGCCCCAGGCACGACGAGGGGAUCGUGCCGGGACUCUCCAUCCGGCGCCGGAGUCGCCGCCACUCCUCGGGGGCGCUUUCCUGCUCGUCGCCCCCCACCCUGAGGAGCGGUGCGCCCUCGGGGUCCGCCCGGCACAUGCCAUCUCCGCGCUCGCGGUUCCUGAUCAGUCUCGGGACUCUGCCAGGUGGAUGUUGUGCGUAGCCGGAGCUAAGUUGAAGAGAGAACUGGAUGCCACCGCGACAGUAUUGGCUAACCGGCAAGAUGAGAGCGAGCAGUCUAGAAAGCGGCUUAUCGAGCAGAGCCGAGAGUUCAAGAAGAACACUCCAGAGGAUUUGCGCAAGCAGGUAGCACCACUGCUGAAGAGUUUCCAAGGCGAGAUUGAUGCACUGAGUAAAAGAAGUAAAGAGGCUGAGGCAGCCUUCUUGAAUGUCUACAAGAGAUUGAUUGAUGUUCCAGAUCCGGUGCCGGCACUGGACCUCGGGCAGCAGCUGCAGCUCAAAGUCCAGCGCAUGCAUGAUAUUGAAACGGAGAACCAGAAACUUCGGGAAACUCUGGAAGAAUACAACAAGGAAUUUGCUGAAGUGAAAAAUCAAGAGGUUACGAUAAAAGCACUUAAAGAGAAAAUCCGAGAAUAUGAACAGACUCUGAAGAACCAAGCUGAGACUAUAGCUCUCGAAAAGGAACAAAAGUUACAAAAUGACUUUGCAGAAAAGGAGAGAAAGCUGCAGGAGACACAGAUGUCUACCACCUCAAAGCUGGAAGAAGCAGAACACAAGGUUCAGACUCUGCAAACAGCCCUGGAAAAAACUCGAACAGAAUUAUUUGACCUGAAAACCAAAUAUGAUGAAGAAACUACUGCAAAGGCUGACGAAAUUGAAAUGAUCAUGACGGACCUCGAAAGAGCAAAUCAGAGGGCAGAGGUGGCGCAGAGAGAGGCGGAGACCUUAAGGGAGCAGCUCUCAUCAGCCAACCACUCUCUCCAGCUGGCCUCGCAGAUCCAGAAGGCUCCGGAUGUGGAGCAGGCCAUAGAGGUGCUGACCCGCUCCAGCCUGGAAGUUGAGUUGGCCGCCAAAGAGCGGGAGAUCGCCCAGCUUGUGGAGGACGUGCAGAGACUCCAGGCCAGCCUCACGAAGCUGCGCGAAAACUCGGCCAGCCAGAUCUCCCAGCUUGAGCAGCAGCUGAGUGCCAAGAACAGCACACUGAAACAACUGGAAGAAAAACUCAAAGGGCAGGCUGACUAUGAAGAAGUGAAGAAAGAAUUAAAUAUUCUGAAAUCCAUGGAGUUUGCACCGUCUGAGGGAGCCGGGACACAGGAUGCGUCCAAGCCCCUGGAAGUGCUGCUGCUGGAGAAGAACCGCUCACUGCAGUCCGAGAACGCCACGCUGCGCAUCUCCAACAGUGACCUGAGCGGGUCAGCCAGGAGAAAAGGGAAAGACCAGCCUGAGAGUCGGCGUCCUGGACCUUUGCCGGCCUCCCCUCCUUCUCAGUUGCCCCGCAACACGGGGGAGCAGGCUUCCAAUACUAACGGUACACACCAGUUCUCACCAGCGGGGUUAAGUCAAGACUUUUUCAGCUCAUCCCUGGCAAGCCCCAGCCUACCCCUGGCUUCUACAGGAAAAUUUGCACUAAACUCUCUCCUCCAACGACAGCUAAUGCAGUCCUUCUACUCCAAGGCCAUGCAGGAAGCAGGAAGCACAAGCAUGAUUUUUUCAACAGGUCCAUACAGCACAAACUCCAUAUCUUCCCAAAGUCCAUUACAACAAAGCCCAGAUGUAAAUGGCAUGGCCCCGUCCCCCAGCCAGUCAGAAAGUGCUGGGAGCGCCUCCGAGGGCGAGGAGAUAGACACGGCCGAGAUUGCCCGGCAGGUGAAAGAGCAGUUGAUCAAGCACAAUAUCGGACAGCGCAUUUUCGGACAUUAUGUCUUGGGACUGUCUCAAGGGUCCGUGAGUGAGAUUCUGGCCCGCCCCAAGCCGUGGAAUAAACUGACUGUGCGAGGCAAGGAACCAUUUCACAAGAUGAAGCAGUUCCUCUCUGACGAGCAGAACAUCUUGGCCCUCCGCAGCAUCCAAGGCAGACAAAGAGAGAAUCCAGGCCAGAGCCUGAACAGACUAUUUCAGGAAGUACCGAAACGAAGAAAUGGGUCUGAAGGUAACAUCACCACCCGGAUCCGUGCCUCAGAGACUGGCUCCGAUGAAGCAAUCAAGUCCAUCCUGGAACAAGCCAAAAGGGAGCUGCAGGUGCAGAAAACCGCUGAGCCGGCCCAGCCGUCUUCUGCAUCCAGCAGCGGGAACUCUGACGACGCCAUCCGCUCCAUCCUGCAGCAAGCCCGCCGAGAAAUGGAGGCCCAGCAGGCCGCCCUCAACCCUGCCUUAAAACAAGAACCACUGUCCCAGACAGACAUCACCAUCCUGACCCCCAAGUUACUGUCCACCUCACCCAUGUCGUCGGUGUCCAGCUACUCACCCAUAGCCAUCUCCCUGAAGAAACCCUCCUCCGCUCCAGAUCCCAGCGUCUCUGCCCUGCCAAACCCCUCAGCCAUCAAAAAGGAACCCCAGGAUGCCACUGGGCCGGAACUUCCCGGAGCGACUGAGGCUGCUCAAGGGGUUCUGAGACACGUGAAAAACGAGUUAGGCCGCAGCGGUGUCUGGAAGGACCACUGGUGGAGCACGAUCCAGCCAGAGAGGAGGAACACCACAGUUUCCUCUGAAGAAAUGAAGGUCGAAGAAGCCAGCAGUGGGAAAGAAAAAGCCAGCAGCAGCCAGGCACGGGCCGAGCGCAACCAGCUCCAGGGACCCUCCUCGUCGGAGUACUGGAAAGAAUGGCCCAAUGCCGAGUCACCAUACUCCCAGAGUUCAGAGCUGAGCCUGACCGGGGCCAGCCGCAGCGAGACACCCCAGAACAGCCCUCUGCCUUCCUCCCCAAUCGUGCCCAUGUCGAAGCCAUCUAAACCCUCAGUCCCUCCGCUGACCCCUGAGCAGUAUGAGAUUUACAUGUACCAGGAGGUGGACACCAUAGAGCUCACCCGGCAGGUGAAAGAGAAGCUGGCCAAGAACGGCAUUUGUCAGCGGAUCUUCGGGGAGAAGGUGCUGGGCCUCUCCCAGGGCAGUGUCAGCGACAUGCUGUCCCGGCCGAAGCCGUGGAGCAAAUUGACUCAGAAAGGCCGGGAACCCUUCAUCCGGAUGCAGCUCUGGCUGAAUGGCGAGCUGGGCCAGGGUGUCCUUCCUGUCCAAGGGCAGCAGCAAGGACCAGUCAUCCAGUCGGUGAUGUCACUCCACGACCCCCUGCUGCAGGGCAGCGUGAGCUCAGAAAGCACUCCAAAGACCUCUGCCAGCUGUAGCCCUGCACCCGAAUCACCAAUGAGUUCUAGCGAGUCAGUGAAGAGUUUGACUGAACUGGUCCAGCAGCCAUGUCCCCCCAUUGAAACAAGUAAGGAGGGAAAACCACCCGAACCGAGCGAACCUCCAGCUUCAGACUCCCAGCCCACAACCCCACUGCCUCUCUCCGGACACUCAGCUCUCAGCAUUCAAGAAUUAGUAGCCAUGUCGCCAGAGCUAGACACCUAUGGCAUAACCAAGAGAGUCAAGGAGGUGUUGACAGACAACAACCUCGGCCAGCGCCUAUUUGGGGAGACCAUCUUAGGGCUUACCCAAGGCUCUGUCUCCGACCUUCUUGCUCGCCCGAAGCCCUGGCACAAGCUCAGCCUGAAGGGACGGGAGCCCUUUGUCCGGAUGCAGCUAUGGCUGAAUGACCCUAACAACGUGGAGAAGCUGAUGGACAUGAAACGGAUGGAGAAGAAAGCCUACAUGAAGCGGCGGCACAGCUCAGUCAGUGAUAGCCAGCCCUGUGAAUCCCCCUCCGUUGGCAUUGACUACAGCCAGGGUGCCAGCCCCCAGCCCCAGCACCAGCUGAAGAAACCCCGAGUGGUGCUGGCCCCUGAGGAGAAAGAAGCUCUGAAACGAGCGUAUCAGCAAAAGCCAUACCCGUCACCAAAAACCAUCGAAGAACUCGCCACCCAGCUCAACUUGAAAACCAGCACCGUCAUCAACUGGUUCCACAAUUACAGGUCCCGUAUCCGCAGAGAACUGUUCAUUGAAGAAAUUCAGGCCGGGAGCCAGGGCCAAACCGGGGCCAGCGACUCCCCGUCGGCCCGAAGCGGCAGGGCAGUGCCCAGCUCGGAGGGCGACAGCUGCGACGGCGUGGAGGCUGCCGAGGGCCCGGGCGCUGUGGAUGCCGAGGAGUCGAGCAGCCCCACGGCCGCCACCAAGUCUCAGGGAGGGCCAGCCGAGGCGGCCGCGGCCCUGGAGGAGCGCGAAGAGGCGCCGCGGCCGCCAGAGAAGGCGGAGCCACCGCUUUCGGGUACCCCGGCUCCGGACGACGCCGAUGACGAGGGCCAGUCAAGGGCUCCGCCGCCACCGCUGCCGCCAGAUGGCCCCGCGGACGGACCGGGGCCCGUGCCAAACCCUGCCGCCGCGCCCGCGGCCGGGGAGGACGCCGCUACCUCAGCCGCCUCGCCCGCCGAGGGCCCCGGCCAGGCCCGGGAGGGCGCCGUGAGGAGUUCCGCUUUGCCAAGCACCAGCGCGCCGCCGCCGUGCGCCCGCCGGGCCAGCUCGCUGCAGAGCCUCUUCGGCCUCCCGGAGGCGGCAGGAGCCAGGGACUCGCGAGACAACCCCCUGAGAAAGAAGAAGGCCGCGAACUUGAACAGCAUAAUCCACCGCCUGGAGAAGGCCGCCAGCCGGGAGGAGCCCAUCGAAUGGGAGUUUUGAGAGGCCGCCGCCCGGCCGAGCCGGGCCGUCGGGCCAGUAGCCGGGAGGGGCGCGCCGACCCGGGGCCUGGACCGUGUUGCGCACUUACCGCCCUGCGGGCCACAGGGCAAAAUCGCCAUAGGCCAAGGUGCAUAUAGAAAACAAAGGAGCAUUAAGCCCAAUCUAUGUCGUGUUUUCAAGGAAGAAAACGGAAAUGUGUAGUCGAGCUUUUUUGUACCCUGAAGUGUUUUUUUUAUUGCCCUAAGUGAUUUCCACAGAUUCUGGAAUAACUCUUACAGCUUUGCCUUGCGCCCUCCUCUUUCGUGUGGGCUUAAAAAAAAAAAAAAAAAUCAAACCCACAUAUUAAAAGGGGGCUUUUUAUCUGCCAUCUAAUGGCUUCAGAGCGAUAAUACACUAUUAUCUUC